GUGAAAUUGAGUUACGCUGUGCAUAACGCAAUAGGUGCAUCUAUAUUUACGGGCGUAAGAAUUCUAAUUCUGAUAUAAUAAAUUCUUGUUUAUACAAUGGUUUACAUUAAGGAAUGGAAUAAAUACCAAGAAGCAGUUGAAGAACUUUAUUUGAAUUCUCCAAAAGAGACGCGAUAUUUAACAAGUUGGCGUCAUGGAAAAUUAGUUUUAAAAGUUACGGACAAUUUUACAGCAUUAAAAUAUAAAACAGAUCAAGCCAGCGAUUUAAAGAAAUUUGAACGUUUAAAUCGAUCGAUGAUGUUAAAAAUGCAAAAUCGAAAAGAAACAACAACUGAAAGUAAAUGAAAUUUUCCGACCUGGUCAAUAUUUAUUGUAGAUUGAUUACUGGUUAAUGUAAUUUUAAAAUUAUAAUAAUUAUUCUUAAUAAAAUAUAUAAAAAUAUAUUGAUCUUUGGAACUUGCAAAAUUAUUAUUCUUUAAAUAUUUUGGUUGGUUGGUAUUUCUUUGACAAUCUAAAGAUAAUACUUGUGAAUUAAUAAAAUUGAAUAAAAUAUUUCAAUUUCAAGAUUUUUUUUGGUAAUAAGUAGCUGUCAUUGGCAAAAAUAAAUU